AUUACUGUUAUAAUUGCUUUGAUUCUUUUGUGCGCCCAACGAUGGGCAAGAGAAGAAAGAAGCACCGAUGAGCAGACCAAUCCAAUGCCUGGGGACGAGGUGAAUCAGGAAUCCGAGGUACAAGGCGAGUUAGACGAAAAGUCAAGAGACCAUAUUAACAAACUAAAGGACACGGGCCAUCUGAUUGCAGCAGACGUUGAAUUGCAGUCAGAUUGCGACAAGAUAAACCAGCAUAUGAAAGCACCGUUUGAUACUUUUGAUGCUGUGAGCUACAAGGUUAAGCGAGUACCGGUGAUCAAAGAGUUCUACAUUGUCAAGGUGUUCACUGGCAACAGGAAGAGGCCCCAAGCUAACGAUUAUCGUUUCGCCUAUAUUGUCAAGGAGGACGGCGAACCAUUUGAUGCUACAAUACCAAAAACGUGGCAAUUCAACAAAAAGGCAAAAUUAGAAAAAGACAUACUUGAGUGAAAUUAAGACGAAACAUUUUGUAAUCUCAGAUAAUUUUCUAGCCUAAAAAGCCUCAAAAUUACCACUUUUUAUGAAUUUUAAUUUUAUGCGUUUUAUGUUCAAUAAACCUUUAUAAGCACGUA